AUGGAUUCACUAGACGCUCUCCAGGACUUUAUAAAGUCACAAAAUAAUUUUACGAAUUAUAUUAAUAAAUCCAAUGUGCCCGAUGUUUGUAAAUCUGAACCUUGCAUGCUUGGUGUGGAUGAAGCUGGACGUGGACCUGUUUUAGGUCCGAUGGUAUACGGAAUUGCAUAUUGUCCGAUAAAUCAAAAGAAGGUAUUGGAAUCGCUCGGCUGUGCGGAUUCAAAAGCUCUUACAGAAGAGAAGAGAGAUGAUAUUUUACUUAAAAUGUUAACCGAGAAAGAAGCCGUUGAUAAUGUUGGCUGGAUCGCUGAAGUUAUAUCACCAAAUUAUAUCUCAAAUUCCAUGUAUAAAAGAGCUAAACAUUCUCUUAAUGAGGUAUCAAUGAAUUCUGCGAUAUCCUUAAUAAAGAAAUCAAUUGAAUUAGGUGCAAAUAUAACUGAGGUGUAUGUUGAUACUGUCGGCCCUCCAGAGAAAUAUCAGGCCAAGUUAAAAGAAAUAUUCCCCGAUAUUAAUAUUACCGUGGCAAAAAAAGCUGAUUCUAUUUACCCAAUAGUUUCAGCGGCUAGUAUAGUAGCUAAGGUGACGAGGGAUCAUGCUCUCAAAGUUUGGGAAUUCCACGAAGGUCUUGAAAUGAAUUAUAAAGAUUUUGGAAGUGGUUAUCCUGGAGAUCCAUUGACUAAGAAGUUUAUAAGGGAACAGAUUGACAGAAUAUUCGGUUACCCGCUAUUGGUAAGAUUUAGUUGGUCCACGGCUGAAUUAGUUCUUCUAGAGAAAGCAGCGAAGUGCAGCUUCGAGGAAAUAGACGAUGAGAUUACAAAGAAACCGAAGGGAACCCAAGCCAUUAGUUCGUUCUUCUCACCAAAGAACGAACGGAAACGGAAGAGACAUAAAUUCUUCGAAGAAAGAAAUCUGACUAUGAGCAAUGCUUUUGAAUAA